AUGGCAUUGGAGUUCUUGCACUUGAAUAAUAAUACUCUAAAAGGGAAUCUUCCAUUAUCACUGCAAAAUUGCACUUGUCUAUUGGUUGUUGAUCUUGGCGACAACAAGUUUUCUGGAAAUAUUCCUUCGUGGAUUGAGCAAAGUUGGAGGCAGCUACGCAUUCUUCGAUUAUCCUCAAAUAUGUUCAUUGGCAACAUUGAUCCACAACUUGGAUAUUUGAGGGAUCUACAAAUUGUUGACUUUGCAAAUAAUAAAUUAUCAGGAUCAAUACCACAUUCUUUUGGAAAUUUCAGCACAAUGAUUUCAACAUCAGAUGAACAACUUCCUUCCUUUGAGAUAAUAGAAAUGAGUAUAGACCUUUCAAACAAUGAAUUGACAGAUGAGAUUCCUGAAGAAUUAGGAUAUCUUGCUGGACUUCACACAUUGAAUAUAUCACGAAACUAUUUCAAAGGCAAGAUCCCAGAUAGCAUUGGUAGAAUGAGUUCAUUGGAAACUCUAGAUUUAUCCUUUAAUAAUUUAUCAGGGGCUAUUCCUCAAAGCUUGUCACAACUAAAUGCUUUGAACCAUUUGAACUUGUCUUAUAACAACCUAUCUGGAAGCAUUCCCUCCGGGAAUCAACUUCAAACAUUAGAUUAUGCAUCAAUUUAUAUUGGUAAUCCUUAUCUUUGUGGAGACUUGAAUUGUGAAUUGUAA